CUGAAAUAUUUUAUUAAAAAAAUUACAGGAUGCCAAAUAUUAUUGGUGACGAGUUUGGAUACGGCUUCAUGCUAUACAAUUGAUGGCUAGUGUUCUCACUAUACUUGUUGAUCAUCCAAGUCCUACCUAUUUGGAGAGGACUCAAGAAGAUACUCAUCUUCCCAGUCGUGCUGAGAGUCAAAAUAGGAUCAAAGAUGAGACUCCAGUUUGCACAUAUCGCCCUAUUCAUGAAUGCAGUCUUUAUGAUCAUGAUUUACUUGAGUCUUCAAAGCUAUCAGAAGCCAGAUGUGGAGGAAAGCCCAGUAAACAAGAACAUCAGACUGAGUAAGAAGUGGCAGUAUGAGACAUACAUCUGGCAAUCUACAAUUGCUUUCUGAUGCUGGCUAUACACCAUGGCUUUUGGAUCUUUGAAUGACCGCAAGUCUCUCCUUGAGGAUGAAAUUUUGGAGCUCAAGAAAUCCCAAAACAAAAAGACAAGAAAGGAAGAAGACAAAAAAGCUGAUGAAGUGGUUGAAACAAGAAGACCUAAAGAUGAUAUCAGCAAGAAAAACGAUUAGUGAUGUUCGACCAAAAAUAAUUCAAUUUCAACAAGUGUUACU